UAUAUUUUCUUUGGACCAUAAUAAAGUGGGUUGAAUUUAGCGUUAUAGCGACAAUAGAUUGUUAUAAAAUGGCGUCGUAUGAGACCAUUCUUGAUUGUGACAAUAAUUCAGUGAACAAAAUAAUUAAAAUUCAGUCAUGUGUUCGUAGAUGGCUGGUAAAAAAACUUGUUAUGGAGAUAAAACAGUCAUAUAAAGAUUUAGUCCUUGGACUAGAUGGCCCAGAAGUUGAAGUCAUUUGGCACAGGGACACUCCGACCUAUCCAUCUGUCAGAAAAACGAAUACCUCAUCAACAUCUUUAUCUCGAGCAAAAGAUUCUUCUUCUUCUGCCACAUCUCAUUCUUCCAAAAACAGCCCAAGUUUAUUUAUCUUAACUAGUGAACAACAAACAGCAAGAACAGAUCUUCCAUUCAGUAAUCAAGAUAAUUUUUUAAAUAAAGUAAGCCUUGUUUCAACUCUGGUACAGACAGAAAUGAUCCCUUCCGAUUUGGUUGUUUAUGAAACAAAUGCCUCGCACGAGGCUGAGAAAUCAGAAAUCAGUAUGAAAAGUAAAAGAUCAAACAGGUCUUUGAGCGAUGCUGGUUGUAAUUCUUCAAUUGAUAAAAGUGCUGAGCCAGAUGUUCAUAAACUCUUAAAGGAAACAGAAAUUAACUCACACUCUUCAAUACCAGAACAAUGUUCUUCAGAAAGCUCUGUGCCAUUUAAACCUGACAAUGAUGAGGCUACUGGUACUUUAAACACUGUUUAUAAAUUUGAUUCACCUUCUGAAAAUGCUAAUGUUAUGGAUAAAUCCAUUCAAUAUUUUGAUCAGACUGUGCAAAGCAAAAACAUUGGGGAGACAAUGAUCAGCGACCUUCCUGAUGACAAAGACCAACUUCUGCAACUUAAGAGAACAAUGGCUAUGGAGUUAUUGUGGGUACAGCAAGCUAUCAACAGCAGAAAAAAUUAUCUCCAGUUGAAACAAGGAAUGCAAUAAACCUUGAAGAAACAUCUACAAUAGAAAUGUUUUAGAAGGCAGCCAUCUGUGAUAAAUAAUUACCACUUGAUAUAAAGAUGUAAAAAUUCAAUAAUUAAUGUAUUAAACUAUAUAAAAAGAGUAA